AUUUAUGCGCGCGCGCAGUUUUGCGUGUCAUAUCGCGUCGGUCAGUCGAUCGCCGGAGUCCGCUGGGUGCGGUCGCGUUGUGUUGUGUGUGAUUAUCGUGAAUUAGGAUUUUGAUCUGAGCAAAUUCCAUAACGACUCCAUCGACCAUAUGACGCGUGUUCAUCUAUAUUGAAUAAGUUUUUGUAAUACGAUGUCUUCGAAGGCAAUUUACGAAGCUCAGGGAAAGGACCUGAUUAACAGGCAUAUACCCACCGGCACAGCGUUGGUGCCAUGUCGGUACGCUAUCUUCGAAAAAGGCACAAUUUGGGAGGAUGAACUUGGAAGGAAUCCGUGGCUUAGCAAAGAGCAACUCGUGGUAAAGCCCGAUCAGUUGAUCAAGCGUCGUGGUAAACUAGGCCUCGUUGGUGUUAACAAGAACGCCGCAGAAGUUCGGAAAUGGAUCAGCGAGCAUUGCGGCAAGGAGCAGAAAAUUGGGGCUGCUGUGGGUAAACUUCGGCGAUUUGUCGUUGAACCAUUCGUCAAACAUGACCCGAGCGACGAGAUGUACCUGUGCAUCCAGUCUGGCCGUAGAUCUGACACCAUCAUGUUCCAUCAUCAGGGUGGAGUGGAUGUUGGAGACGUUGAUGCAGUGGCUAUAAGACUUGAAGUCCCGGUUGACACAUUCCCGACUGGUGAAGAGAUUGAUGGUGUUCUUAUGAAGAACGUCAAGUCACCGACUGUUAGACGGAUUCUUACCACAUUUAUUCUAUCGCUGUACCGAGUCUUCGUGGAUCUAUGCUUCACAUACAUGGAGAUCAACCCGAUAGUGGUGACCAAUGAGCGUAUAUAUCUGCUGGACUUGGCUGCCAAGUUGGAUCAGACAGCUGACUUCCAGUGCGCCAAGAAUUGGGGCGAGGUCACGUUUCCACCCCCAUUUGGAAGGGAUGCUUACCCGGAGGAGGCUCAUAUAGCCGACUUGGAUGCUAAGAGCGGGGCUAGUUUGAAGCUAACCGUCUUAAACAAAUCUGGUCGUAUUUGGACUAUGGUGGCCGGUGGUGGUGCUUCCGUGGUGUACACGGACACAGUGUGCGCCCUGGGUGGUGCUGCUGAGUUGGCAAAUUAUGGAGAAUAUUCUGGUGCACCCACCGAGAGUCAAACCGCGGACUACGCGAAGACAAUAUUCAGCUUGAUGUGCAGGGACAAGCAUCCGAAUGGCAAGGUUUUGAUAAUUGGAGGUGGAAUCGCGAACUUCACAAAUGUGGCUGACACAUUCCGUGGAAUCAUCACAGCUAUAGAGACGUACAAGGACGCGUUAAUACAAUACAAUGUUACAUUGUUCGUGAGACGGGGCGGACCCAAUUAUCAGGAGGGACUUCGUCAAAUGCGUGAAGUAGGACAUCGUCUACGUAUACCUAUGUACGUGUUUGGACCGGAGGCGAACAUGACAUCCAUCGUCGGUUUGGCCUUAGGCCAAGCGCCAAUACCGCCUGACCACCAGUUGGAUUACGCGCCCAAGCAACUGCCCAAACCUCAACCAGCUCCGGCCCCAAAAAUCGAGUUGCCAGAAUUGACGAACUCGUUAUUGGACCUAGUUUGCUCCCAAGCCCCAACCAGGAUGGACCUUGGACAGCAAGUGUCCACCGCUAGGCCCCUCUUCAGCGAUAGGACUAAGGCCAUCGUUUGGGGAAUGCAAAAUAGGGCCAUACAGGGAAUGUUAGACUUUGACUACAUAUCUCGACGCUCGGAGCCGUCCGUUGUUGCCAUUGUAUACCCCUUCACGGCUGACCAUAAACAAAAGUACUAUUUCGGAAAUAAGGAAGUUUUCAUACCAGUAUUCUGUGAUAUGGAUGUUGCGAUGAGGAAACAUCAAGAAGCAACUGUUUUGGUGAACUUUGCUUCAUUGCGUUCAGCAUUCGACAGUACUAUGCAGGCGAUGCAACAUCCACAAAUCACCACAAUCGUCAUCAUUGCUGAAGGUAUUCCAGAGAAUAUGACGAGGAAGAUCAUCAAACUCGCCGAUGCAAGAGGGGUUAAUAUUAUUGGUCCGGCGACAGUGGGUGGCAUCAAACCUGGGUGCUUCAAAAUUGGUAACACAGCUGGUAUGAUCGACAAUAUUAUUGAAAGCAAGCUGUAUAGGCCUGGAAGUGUCGCCUACGUUUCCCGUUCAGGCGGUAUGAGUAACGAACUAAACAACAUACUGUCUAAACACGCUGAUGGCGUCUGUGAGGGCGUGGCUAUUGGUGGAGACAGAUACCCUGGAACCACGUUUAUUGAUCAUUUGUUGAGAUUCGAAGCUGAUCCGAAUGUGAAAAUGCUAGUACUCCUGGGUGAAGUGGGUGGAGUGGAAGAGUACCACGUCUGUCGUGCCAUCCGCGACGGACUGAUCACCAAACCCAUGGUCGCCUGGUGUAUUGGAACCUGUUCAGACAUGUUCACAUCUGAGGUACAGUUUGGACACGCGGGUUCGCUCGCUGGUUCAGCUUUGGAAAAGGCAGUUGCGAAGAACGCGUCGCUACAGAAGUAUGGAGUCACUGUACCAGAAUCUUUUGAUAAUCUCGGUGAUGCUGUGAACAAGGUGUACUUGAAACUGGUGAAAGAAGGCAAAAUCAUCAAGAAGGAGGAAGUGGAACCUCCCAAAGUACCAAUGGACUAUGAUUGGGCGAGGAAACUUGGUAUCAUCCGCAAACCGGCGGCCUUUAUAAGCACGAUUUGUGACGAGAGAGGUCAGGAGCUGAACUACUGCGGUGUACCCAUCAGCCAAGUCCUGGAGAGGCAGCUGGGUGUCGGUGGAACUAUCAGUUUGUUGUGGUUCCAAAGAGAGCUGCCGGAGUGGGCUUGCAAGUUCUUCGAGCUGGUGUUGAUUGUGACAGCGGACCAUGGCCCCGCAGUCUCUGGGGCCCAUAACACCAUGGUCACAGCCAGGGCCGGAAAGGACUUGAUAUCUUCUGUUGUCUCUGGACUUUUGACAAUUGGAGAUCGUUUCGGUGGGGCUUUAGACCGCGCUGCGAUUGACUUCUGCUCGGCCUACGACCGCGGGCAACAUCCGCAGGAGUUCGUCAACGAGAAACGGGCGAAGGGGGAGCUUAUUAUGGGCAUCGGGCACAGGGUUAAAUCCAUCAACAACCCGGACUCUCGCGUGCGCGAGCUCAAGGCGUACGUGACGUCACGCUGGCCCGCUUGGCCCGUCACGCGGUACGCGCUGGACGUGGAGGCCAUCACCACUCGGAAGAAGCCCAAUUUGAUCCUCAACGUUGACGGCAUCAUCGCCGCAGCCAUGGUUGAUAUGUUCAGGCACUGUCAGCUGUUCACUCAGGAGGAAGGUAACAACUAUAUCCAAAUGGGAUCGAUCAACGCGUUGUUCGUUCUCGGCAGAACGAUCGGACACAUUGGUCAUUAUCUCGACCAGAAGAGGAUGAAGCAGCCGCUGUACAGGCACCCGUGGGACGACAUUACCUACAUGUCCCCAUUAAACUAAAUCGCCAUCUAUUUUGUAAAACUCUUAAACAUUCCUUGUCAUGAGACAUUUUGAUAUGACAUCGACGUUUCACACAAGGCCUGAAACAUUCCCUGCGUUGAAAGCAUAGAUUUGACGGUGACAUUUCUCAUUUUGACGAAGUUUUGAAACAGAUGAAAAAUGUACUUUUUUAAUUUGUAAUAUUUCAGAUGUUUGAAGUGGAAAUUUGACAUAAUAUUUAAAUGAAAUUAUUUGAAAUAUAUAGAGUGGAUGCAGUGGGAUUUAUUUAUAAUAAAAUGUUGUAUUAUACUUAUAUAUUUCCUAUGAUGCAUAAAUAUGGUCGCCCUUUGACAAAUUCCAACAACCAUACUAGCUUUAGCGACCAAAUGACCAGAAAUGUCUAUUCUCUCUUUCACACGUUAGCCUUGGCAUGCGACCAUGCCUUUAAACCAUCGAGGUCAUGUGACCAUGCACUUGAACAUCGGGGUCACACGACCAUGCAUUUGACCAGCCGGUCACGCCUGCUGCAAAUCACUUUCAUUUCCACUCUAUAUAUUAUUGGUUAUUUUUUUUCUUAGAUAUAGAUUAGAUAAGUGCUUGGGUUCGUGGGGUCGUAAAUGCUCAGAAUUUAUUACUGUUGUGCAACGUAUAGAUUUUAUAAAAAAUAAUUGAAAAUUUUAAAAAUUUGCACAAAUGUAGUGUCGCACUGUUAAUAGGUUUAAGAAUGAGAAAUUAUUUUUUUGAAGGCGGAUUUAUUAUUUUUUUAUUAAUCAAGUCUACGGUUAGUUGCAGAGUUAAAACAACGAAAUAAGCGGACACAAAACGUUGGUUGAGGGCUCACAUUAAUUUUAAAAUAAUAUUUUCGUUCCUAUAUAAAAUCAUUAGAUAAAAUAGUUAUGGCAACAGUUUGACAUUUUAUUAAAUGUUUAUUUUUGUGUAAUCCAGUUAUUUUUAGUAUUCACUCGUAUGCUCAGAAAUUUGAUCAGUAGCCCGACCAUGGGUUUGACAUACCCGCUAAAUAAGAAUUAGUUUGCGUGAUAUGACAUACGUAUCGUUACUACGAUUUAUACGUAAGUUAGCGCUAAACUGUCAAACGCAUGGUCAAGCUACUUGAGGAUUUGUCUGUCAAACGCAUGGUAGACUGUUUUGUGUCCAAUUAUCGACUUGUCUAAUUGCGAUUGGUUGUUUUGGUCGAAUGUAAAAUGAAUCUUCAACAGUAAAUUUUGUUUAAGCGCUGAUAUAGUUUUAAGCUUAUUUUAUUUAUUGGUAUAUUUGUGUAAAUGGUUGGUCGGUAUAUGUGUAAAUAUUUUAUUUAAAUAUAUUUUUAUUUGCUGUA